UCCUGUUUUCUGUUUUGUACUCUCUCCCUCUGUCUCUCUGUUUUUCUUCCUUGUGAUUCUAGGGUUCCGAUAGUCUUUCAGGGGCUCUUGAAAUCUGUGCCUUACAUCUCUAGAUCGAGAUUGUAUGCUCUGAGAGCUUCUGGUUGAUCUAUUUUUGGUUCGAUUUGGUGCUGGUUUUCGCGGGAAAUGCUCGAAAUUAGGACUUUUCUCCCAGGAUCGGGGUUUUGAGAAGAAAUGCCGGUGUUUGAAGACGUUUCUCCACAGCUGUUCGAAACAGAAUAACUUCACGGAACUUGAUUGAUGAUCCUUGUUGACAGUAUAAUUCAAGACAUUUGUGAGUGUAGUGGAUAUAGAAGGACAUGUGAUACUUCCACUGCGGGCAUCACCUGUGGACUUGUUCUCUUUUCUUUCGAGGGAGACAAGUUUCUUGUUUGGGUCCAGAGGAUAUUCUGAGCACAGUUCGGUGAAUGGGCACAAUAUUGUGCUAGCGAUUGAUUUGUGACGCUACAUUUAUUCUGAACAGUUAGAGAAGAAGGUUCUGAUUAUUGCCGUCUCCAUUUAAAAUUGGCCAAGACAGGCUGAAUGAUUGCCUAUAGGUCUUAAGGUUUGCAGGAAGAAGCCUUCUUGAAGCAUUUUGCAUUACUCUUUGGCAUUUUGAGGAGGAACCUUCCACAGAACUGGAGGGCUUUUUAUAUAUCCAUGCUGGAAGAGAGUAUGCGUGGAAUCCGUGUUUCGGGUGAUGCCCCUGACCAGACUCGCCGCCGAUGCAUUCGGUGUGGUGACAAUUUGUCUAGUCUCUCUCUUGGUAUUGUUUGGCUUGUUCUGCAUCUUUUACUCAGCUCUCUUCCGUUCUCGGAUCCAGAGACAUGGAUAUGUUCAACUCGGUUAUUUUAAUGGUCCGUGGAUCAUUCGUCUCACACUCAUCAUAAUUGCAAUUUGGUGGGGUUUGGGGGAGAUUGUUCGCUUAAGUUUGCUGAAAGGGAGAGGAAGGAUUUUACAUGCUGUUAGCCUGAAAUGGCAGGAAAACCUCUGCAAGUUUUACAUCCUUUCCAAUUUAGGGUUUGCAGAACCAAGCAUGUUCCUUACCCUCAUAUUUCUCCUCCACGCAUCGUUGCAGAGGAGAGAGUUGGGGACUUUAAGUCGUCAAUGGAACAGAAAAACAUUCAGUUAUGUAGUCCUUUUUUGUCUCCCCAUGUUCGUUGCUCAGCUUGUCCUUGUUUUAACUGGACCCAAGCUCAACAACAAUAAAGCGAGUUACAUGAAGAAGAUGCCAAAGUACUUCACAACCAUGAGUAUUGAAGGUUAUAGUAAAGUCGAUAUCGCCCUGUGUACUUACCCAUUACUGAGUACGAUUCUGCUCGGGCUGUUCUCUUUUCUCUUAAUUGCCUACUUCUUAUACAUUGGAGUGCGAAUGGUGUCGUUGGUGAUCAACAAGGGGCUGCGAAGGAGAGUUUUGUUGUUGAUUUUCUCUGUUGUCAGUUUCCUUCCAUUGAGGGUCUUGUUUCUCGGUUUCUCUGUUCUAUCGCAGCCAGGGCAUUUGGCAUUUGAAGCCGUCGUGUUCUUAGCGUUCCUCAUGCUGUUGCUCUGUGCAGCCGUGGGGAUCUGCAUGCUUGUCUAUUGCCCCAUCUCAGAUUCCUUAGCUGUGAGGAGCCUGCAGCUCUUGGAAACUGAAGGGGCCUUCGAUUCGAAUGACAGCUCAUCUCUUAUUGCUAACCAGAGCCUUCUUGAGGCGGCCUCAAGCACAAGUGCAGGAAGAAACUCCGAUGCGUCAAUGAAGGGUGGCUCUAUCUCUUUCCGGACAAUGAUCAAGGACAGCGCCCCAACAGAAGGGUUUGAGGAACUUGGCCUUUUCUCUGCUACCACCCCCUGCCUCCCUUCCUCGCCGGGCUCCCCGCCACUUCCAGGCAGACCCAUGAUUCCUCUCCGAGAAGUAUCCGAAUGCUGAGAAGCCAGUUUUUAUUUUUUAUUUUCCUUUUUCUUUUCUUUUUCUUGUAUCAGUUUUGUGGUAAAAAAAGAAGACGGUUAUGUAAAGGGGUCAGUUACAAUUUAAUAAGGAUUGCUUGUUCAUAGGAAUUAGGAAGGUGUAUCCUUAAUUCUCCUUUAUGAGAGAGACAUGGAUUUAGAUUU